AUGCUUCUGUGAAGAAGAUGGCUACUACUACACUGCCAGUUAAGAGGUUAUUUGAUAGCAACAAUUCCAUGGACUUUUCUGUUAAGAGAUCAAAGGUAUCACUAUAUGAUGAUCGUGACAAAGAUGAAGAUGAUAUUCCUUCGUUGAAUAUAAAUAAAAGGUCAGGCAAAUCAGCUGAUAUUUCAUUUUCCUCGCUGAGGAAAGAACUUGCAUCGUUAAAAAAAUCAUUUGAGGAAUGCAAUGGACAAAAAGUAGAAGAGAGGCAAUUGCGGUCUAUAAAGAGAGAUAUUGAGAAAUGCUGCAAAGAGCUAGAAAAUAAGGAGACCGAGGUUAAGGAACUUGAGUCUGAAAAGGGUGAAUUUGAAGGCCUGGUGGAGGACUUUGAAUCAGAAAAGAAGCAUUUCGAGAGCCGACAAAAGGAAUUUGAAUCAAAAGAAAAGGAAUUUGAAAGAAGAGUGAAGGAGUUCCAGUCAGAAGAGGAGGAAUUUAAAGGUCGAGUGAAAAUGUUUGAAACAAAGGUAGAGGAAUUUGAAGGAAAAAUGCAGCAAAUUGAAAACCAAACUGAGGACAAUCUCAAAUCUGUCAAAGCACUCGAGUUAAAAGAGAAUCAGAUUGAAGUACAAAUCAAGGAUCUAUUUGAUGAGGAAAAAGAAUUUGAUAUAUCUAACAUGGAUGACCAAUUCAGUAUUACCAUUGAUGGCACAAGCGAGGAAAUUGGCAUUCUAGAUAAUUUGCGAGAAUCAUCAGAUCCAGCAAAACUUGUUUUGGAUAUAAUACUAAACCCUACGAUUCCACUGCCUAAGAAAGGAGACAAAGCGGUGAUUAUUGAUGAAGGCUGGAUCUAUCUGCUAGAACAACUGAUGAUAAUCUCACCAAAUAUUAUUAAAUCUUGUGUAAGAGAUGAAGCGUUGAAGCUAGCGUGUGAGUUGAAAGCUAACAUGAAAGAAAAUACCGAAAAUUCUUUGGAGGCUCUUGGAUUUCUAUUGAUUUUAUCGAUUUACGGAUUGGUUAAUUACUUUGAUGAAGAUGAAGUCUUCAAGAUUUUUGCUUAUGUUGCGUCUGCUGCUGAAUACAAGAUAGCUGUGAAGCUGUGUAGGACACUGGGUUUUGCAAAUAAAGUCUCUGGUAUGUUGAUUUAGAAAUUCUUUAGUCGGUUCGGUCACCAAUAUUUCUCUUAUUGUCUCUAUGCUUAUGUUACAUCA